UCCGUGUCACGUGAGACGAAGGCGAGAUUCUAAAAUGGGUGAUAUUGAGAAGGGCAAGAAGAUCUUUGUCCAGAAGUGCGCUCAGUGCCAUACCGUGGAGAAGGGAGGCAAGCACAAGACGGGGCCCAAUCUCCAUGGUCUGUUUGGGCGAAAGACCGGUCAAGCCGCUGGAUUCUCUUACACCGAUGCCAACAAGAACAAAGGCAUCACCUGGAAUGAGGAUACGCUGAUGGAGUAUUUGGAGAAUCCCAAGAAGUACAUCCCUGGAACAAAAAUGAUCUUCGCUGGCAUUAAGAAGAAGACCGAACGGGCAGAGUUGAUGGCUUAUCUCAAAAAAGCUACAGCCUUACUUAUUACAAAACAAAUGUCUCAUGACUUUUUUAUGUGUACCAUAUUUAAGUUCAUCUCAUUCACCAGAAUUCAGAUCAUGAGUGACCGAUAG